AAAACGUGUGCCGUGAGUUGUGUUAGUUGUGUUGUGGUGGUUUCGGAACGCGUUCCUGUCAUUCUUGUGAAACGAAUAGCAAAGGUUAAUAGAGUUGCUCGUGACCCAUAAACCACCAGGAAUAUGGAAGUUGCAACAAGCACCAGUGAUGUUACUACUCCAGGGGAAAUAUCGAACCUCAAAAGCGCAUUUGUUGUGAUCGGUGGCGGCAUUGCGGGCGUGUCGUGCGCUGAGCAGCUCGCCGUUCAUUCCCCAAUGGAGUCGAUUCUACUCAUAACGGCAUCGCCUAUUGUAAAAGCCGCAACGAACGUUGUAAAGCUUCGCAGAGUCAUGGAGAGUUUUGACAUUGAAGAGCGUUCCAUGAGCUACCUGGAGCAGCAGUACAGCAACAUCAGUGUGCUGCAAGAUGUGCUCAUCUCUCUGGAUGCUAGUUCACGGAAUGCCUUCCUCAAGAGUGGUCGUGUGAUCAGUUACGGGAUGAUCUGCCUUUGCAUUGGCGCAAGACCUCAGUUAAUUUCCAAUGACAACCCACUGGUAUUGGGCAUUCGGGACACAGAGACUGUCCAGAUGCUGCAGAAUCGACUUGGUAGUGCCAGGCUCGUGGCUGUCAUUGGUAAUGGCGGAAUUGCCACUGAAUUGGUACAUGAAAUACGUGGCUGCCAAGUCCUUUGGGCUGUGCGCGAAAACAGCAUUGGUGCUACCUUCUUUGACCCUGGAGCUGCACAGUUCUUUCUGCCACAUUUGAGUUCUGAAGGCACUCAGAGCUCAGCGAAAGCAGAGCAGGACACCACCGCAAGUGGUGGAGACUCCGAGUGCUACAGCCAUGUGAACCAGGACCCUUUGCCUCCAGGAAGUGCUUUGGGGCCAGACUGGGCGAAAGGUCGUAGUUUGGAAGGUGGAAGUCAGAAGAAUGUGCACAUUGAGUACAGCUGUGAGGUGCGCAUGUUGCUGACACCUGCCGAGUUCGAGCAGAAGGGUCUUGUCGACUCCAGCUGUGACUUCAAGUGUGGCUCCAACUGGCCCGUAUAUGUGCUCCUGACCAAUGACAAGUGCUUUGGUGUUGAUCUCAUCGUGAGCGCAACUGGCGUCACACCUAAUGCAGACACCAUCAGUGCACCUCAGUUAGACGUGGCCACAGAUGGAGGUAUCGUGGUGGACCGCCAGAUGAGGUCCUCACUGGCAGGUGUGUAUGCAGCAGGCGACGUUUGUACGGCAGGCUGGGAGCCUGCGGAGCUCUGGUUCCAGCGGCGCCUAUGGACGCAAGCACGACAGAUGGGCCACUGGGCAGGCACAUGCAUGGCAGCCCACUGGUCAGGGAGUCCCGAUCCUUUGGCAGAUGCCCGUUUUGACCUCUUCUCCCACGUGACACGCUUCUUUGGAUAUCGAGUGGUCCUUCUGGGUGUCUUCAAUGGCCAAGGCUUAGCGGGCUGCAGUGCCCUUGUGCGCGUGAACCCAGGCCAGGAGUACAUCAAGCUGCUUCUCUAUGACGGGAGGCUGAAGGGCGCCGUGCUGAUUGGAGACACAGACCUGGAGGAAACUUGUGAGAACCUCCUGCUUGAUCAACUCGACCUGGGCCCACUUGCUAAUCACCUGCUUGACCCCGAAGUGGACAUUGAAGACUUCUUCGACUAACCU